AUGCACACAACACACAAGCGCUUUCGGGCAGCUUUACUUUGCGGACUCGCGCUGGGUUUGCUCGCCGGGCCUGCAACGGCAUCCGGCGGAACCCCGUUCAACUUUACCAUUUUGCACACGUCUUACGUAGACGGUCGUGUCGAGCCCAAUGCUGACGGGGGCGGCGGUUUUGCUCGGUUCAAGACACUGUUCGACCAAGUGCGGAGCCAAAAUAGCGUCAACGCGACAUUGGUCAUCAACCCAUACAACUUCCUGGGCACAGAGACGUUCUUCCAAGUGUUCCGCGCCACUUCCAAGCUCACCAAUUACACAAACGAGGUCGGCUUUGAUUUCCUCGGGAUGGGUGCUGGCGAGCUGUUCUACGGUCCAGACACGCUGAACAACUUUCUGACCAACUGCACUGCAACGAUGGUCGCGACAAAUAUCGAUGUGAAGGCAUCGCAUGCACUCGCAUCCCGGAUCAAGUCAUCUGUCACCAAAUCUGUUUUCAUCGGCGGAGUAGAGCGCAAAAUCGGCAUUGUUGGUCGCGCCGAAGAAUCCAUAUGUUCUCGAGCAACGUGUGGUCUCGUGGUUGUCACAAAGGAGGCGAUUGGUGCCAUUUCAUCGGCAGUAGCUUCACUCCGCGCUUCUGGCGUCGACCUUGUCAUCAUGCACAGCAGUGCAGGAAUCAGUGCUGACACUACGCUGGCCGCUGCCGUGAACGGCAUCGAUGUCAUUAUUUCAAACGACAUGUCCAUGUCCAACACGAUCGCAGGAGCGGCAGGCCCGUAUCCCAGGACAGUCCUCUCGCCCUCAGGGAAACCAGUCAUCAUCGUGUCAACAUUCGAGACGACAUCGUACAUUGGCCAACUGCGCAUCCAGGUCAAUCCCUCCACCGGCACUGUGACCUUUUUGGAAGGAGAUUCGAGGUUUUUGGCUCCGUGUGCAAACGAUGCAGCGCCCACGUCCAACUGCACCGCCCAAAACACGGCAAUUGCUGCUUCCAUCGCGGCAGACAGCUUGACGAUUGCAAGUCAGCUCGAUAUUGUCAUCGGCUGGAAUACAAACACUCUUCCUGGAGACACGCACAUGAUGUGCCGCGACGGCGAAUGCGCACUUGGCAACUUGGUCGCCGAUGCCAUGCGCUGGCAAAUGAAUGGCGCAUGUGACAUUGCGUUUGUAAAUGGCGGCAGUAUUCGUGCACCAUUGCAAGCAGGAAAUGUAACGCAACGCCUCAUCAACCAAGUCAUUCCAUUUGCAAAUACAAUCUCGACCUUCAUCCUGCAAGGGUCGGUGCUCUUGGAUACCUUCCAGUACUCCACCGCCCUUAUCGGUCGGAAUCCUGCUCCGAGCGGGACUGGCAGGUUUUUCCAGGUGUCUGGCAUGAAAUCCAUCAUCAACACUGCCAAUCCGGAUGGCGCAAAGCUGGUUCGCCUCCAGGUGCAGAAUCGCUUCAAGCAGUUUGAAGACGUCAACCCAAACCAGCUCUACUAUUGCUGCACGAACGACUUUGAACGCCGGGGUGGUGAUGGCUACACCAUGCUCCUCAACAAGGCAGCGCAGGUCGAUGACAAUGGUCCGCCGCUGGUCUCGGCCAUUCAAGCGUACAUUAUGCAGUACACUCCGGUGGCAUUUGCUCUGGAAGGGCGCAUUUCCAUUGUGAAUCAGACCAAUACGCCCCCAGUCGUUGGAACUACCUGCCAGUACGCACAAACGCUCAGUGCAGAGUCCGGCUCGUUUGUCGAUUUUUGUUCCUUUUCGAACGCAACUCGCACUGCCACCAGCGUCACACUUACCCUUGCGCUUCCAAGCACCAAGCGCUCGUUCAAGCUGAACCUGUCAGGAAUCACUCUGUCUGGCGCCGACUUGCUCACCGUGCGCGCAGCCAACGCUUCAACCCCGUUGCAGUAUUUUGUGGACGGUGAAUAUCAGCCUGCUUCCUUCACCGCUGUCUCGGGCUUGCCGUCGUUUGACCUGACGUUCAUUAGCAACAGCGCCCAGAUUCAAUUCGUCUCGUCGUCCGCCAUCUCCGACGCGCAUGGCUUGGCCAUGAACUAUGUGUCGUCGCCGUUCUGUCCAGCUGGGUUUGUGCUGGGUAGCGGAAGUCAGUGCUCCCCUUGCGGCCUUGGCACCUAUUCUAUCGCGGGCGAUACUGACUGCACUGCCUGCUUGCCUGGAUAUAUUUCGACUACCUUGGGCUCCAAGAAUUGCACAGUCUGUCCCAAUGGCUUCUAUCAGCCUGAGAGCGCGCAGUCUCGGUGUCUCGAAGCCACUGGAGGACGUGUCACCCCAUCUCCGACUCGAGCCGUGUGCCUAGAUGGCUAUCUCUUCAACAUUGACAACGGUCUCUGCGUCCCAGAGCAAGAGCGAAACGUUGGUGUCACAGCCGUCUUUGUGGCGUUUACGGCCGUGUUUGUGAUUAUGAUCGGCCUUUUUGCAUUUUCCCUGUAUCGCCAUAGCAAUCUCAAGGUCUUCAAAGGGGCCAGUCCGAUUUUCCUCAACCUCAUUCUGGUCGGCACGCUUAUUGCACUGGGUUCGUGCUUUGCGACAUUCAGCGAGGUCACCGAAGCGUCAUGCGCCGUUCGACAAUGGUUUUUCCAUCUCGGCUUUGCUCUCGCUUUUGGAUCGUUGUAUCUGAAGGUUCAGCGCAUUUCAAUCAUUGUCAACAUCAAGUCGUCAAGGAUUUUGAACCUGAAGGACACACAGCUCUUGUACAAGCUCGGCUUGAUGAUGUUGUUGAUGAGCAUUUACCUCAUCAUCUGGACUGCCGUCAAUGCGCCCGUCCCCGAGGUCUUUUUCAACUCGGACGAGUACUACUAUGUGUGCUCGGACUCGUGGUGGAGCCAUGCGCUCCUCAUCGUCGAGCUGCUGCUCAUGCUGACCGGCGUCUAUCUGGCGUAUCGGGUGCGCAACGCUCCGGCAGGCUUCAACGAGGCAAAGCUUGUCGGCUUUUCCGUGUACAACUGGCUGACCCUGGCGGUUGUGCUCAACAUUGUGCGAUUGACGACCACUCCUACACUGGACGCCAAGUCCGCGCUUGAGGCGUUGAACGUGUUUUUAACGUCGUUCGUGAUGGUGUGUGUGCUGUUCAUCCCCAAGAUUUACAUGGUCGUCACCGGCCGAGGCAACGAGAUUCAGUGGUCCUCCAACACUGUCGUGCCAGGGCCGAGCAAUGUCGUCAUGCACAAGUCGGCGUUGGCCCCAACCGGCACAACAACGCCCGAAUCGCCUCGAAGCUUCAAAAUGACGGGCGCCCAGGCCACAUCCCAAGCCACCUAUGUGGACGCAACAACUGUGGCCGGCACAGCCAUGGGCGACGAAUUGGACGACGACGAUUCUUCCGACAAGAGCUCUGAUCGAAGCUCCAAUCGUUCCUCUGCCAGUACAGUGACCCAAUUGCGCGCAGAGUUGGAGCAACUCAAAGCCGAGAAUCAGGCACUUCGAACGCGCAUUCAGGAGCUCGAUGGUGGGAGAGCGAUUCAAGUAUGUGUGCAAGGCUCCGAGGUUGCUGCCACUUCAACAACCGAUGAAGGAGCAACGCGGGUAUGAUCAACGCAUUUUCGUGUCAGAAUCG